UUUCGCUCUUGACAGGUCGUGGAACGGCGCCCUUGGGGACCGGAGCUCCGGGUCGGGGCCGCCUUCCGGGCGCCUCCCUGGGACCCAGCCGGGGGGACACUAAGGAGGAUGAGACCGCCUGCCGCGCCUCGACCCAGCCCACCUCCUGUAAGGGGGCUGCCUUCCUCCGCACUCGCCCUCCGUCCCCUCUGACUGACGCCCCCAUCGCGAGGGCGGCGGGCGGGCCCCUGGCCCAGUGGAGCUGUGCGGAUCGGCUGAGCACUCAGGGCCUGCCCGGGUCCGAUGGCGGCGGCGGCGGCGGCGGCGGGGCUGGCGGACCCGGCGCGGGACUGGGGGACCUUUGAGGACGUGGCCGUGUACUUCUCCCGUGAGGAGUGGGAGCUCCUUGAUGAGACUCAGAGGCACCUGCACCACGAUGUGAUGCUUGAGAACUUGGCGCUUGUGGCCUCACUGGGUUGUUGGUGUGGAGUAGAGGAAGCCCCUCUUGAACAGAGUGUUUCUGUAGAAGGAGCGCUCCAUUUCAGGACCCCUAAAGCAUGUCCUUCCACCCAGAAGGCUAACACCUGUGACAUGUGUGGCCUGGUCUUGAAAGACAUAUUACACCUGGCUAUGCAUCAGGGAAUAUACCCUAGGCAGAAACCGUACAAGUGUGCGACAUGUGGGAGAGGCUUCUGGCUCAGUACAAACUCUCACCAGCGCCAGAAGGAGCACCGUGGAGAAAAACGCUUCACAAGUAGCGAACGUGCUAAGGAUGUCCUGGACAGCCACGACCUCCUGCAGUAUCCACCCACCCGUAGCAUGCGGAAGCCACACAGGAGCACCACGCACAAGGAGGCCUUCCAACCCAACUCUAGCUUCCAGCAGCAGCAGAGAGUCCACGCCACGCAGAACCCCUUCAAGUGCAGCAACUGUGGGAAAGGCUUUCUAAAGGCCUUCAUGCUCCUAGACCACCUGCUCACUCACUCCAAAGAGAGACCCUGCAGAUGCCCAACAGGGGGAAAUGCCCCUAAAGAGAACUCCACCAUUGUUCAUCCCCCAAAAAAUCACACUGGAGAAACAUCCCAUGUGUGUACAGAAUGUGGGAAGGCCUUCAGCCACCCUUUUAAGCUGAGGACACAUCAGAAAGUUCAUACUGGAAAACUGCAUCACAGUUGCAGUGAAUGCGGGAAAGCCUUCACCCGAAAACACUCCCUUGUUCAGCACCAGCGAGUUCACACUGGAGAACGGCCUUAUGAGUGUGGCCAGUGUGGGAAGGCCUUCACUCGCAGCUUCCACGUUGUUCGGCAUCAGAAAGUUCACAACACAGAAAGGCCUUAUGAGUGCAGACGGUGCCGGAGAGUCUUUAGCUGUAUCGCCAGUUUUGUUGAGCACCAGAAAAUACACACUGGGGAAAGGCCUUAUGCGUGCAAUGAAUGUGGGAAAGCCUUCAUUAACAGCUCUCAUCUUGUUCGGCAUCAGAAAGUUCACAACACAGAGAGGCCUUUUGAGUGCAGCGAAUGUGGAAAAGGCUUCCGGCAAACCUCCAAACUUAUUCUGCAUCAAAGGAGUCAUACAGGAGAAAGGCCUUAUAAAUGCAACCAGUGUGGGAAAGCCUUCAGUUGCCCUUCCAACCUUGUUCCACACCAGCGAAUUCAUACUGGAGAAAAGCCUUAUGAGUGCUCGGAAUGUGGAAAAGCCUUUAGUCAAAGCUCUGCCCUCAUUCAGCACCAGAAGGUUCACACCAGAGAAAGGCCUUAUGAGUGCAGUGAGUGUGGAAAAGCCUUCAGCUAUAGCUCGAACCUUGUUAAACACCAGAAAGUUCACACUGGAGAAAGGCCUUAUGGGUGCAGCCAGUGUGGGAAAGCUUUCAGUGAGAGUUCCAUCCUCAGUCAGCACCAGAGAGUUCACACUGGAGAAAAGCCUUAUGAGUGUAACAAGUGUGGGAAAACUUUCCGCUACAGCUCAAACCUCUCUAAGCACCAGAAAGUUCAUAUUGGAGAAGAGCCACCUGAGUGCAGUGGACAUAGGAAUGCCUUCAGCCAGAGUUCCAGCCUCAGUCGGCACCAAUGAAGGUCAUACCAAAGAGAGGCCUUAAUAUUGUGGCAAAUGUGGAAAACCACUAACUAACAGGGGCAUUUUCUUGUUCACCUUAAUAGAGUUCACUCCUGAGAAAACUUCUGUGAAAGGAAACUUUGUGAAGAAGCCAUAAGCCAAAAAUUGAAAAAUAUCCUAACACCCCUACCAGGAGAUUGCCAGAUACAUGGGAAGCUUUCAGAAGCUACAUCACAUUUUCUAAUCUGUCCAGGUGCUUUGCCAGAUUAUGUCAUUGCCAGAUGCCAUCUCACUUCUACCGGCUGGCAGGUCCCCCCACAGCCUGCCAUCUCAUCAUACUCAGGGAAGGCUGAUUUUGUGCUCUCUCAUUCCCUGGAGGGAGACAUGAGUGAUGGGAACUCUUUGGGGUGGCCUCAUUUUCAUUUCUGCCCUGUCCCCAGUGGUUCAGGCAUAGCCCUGACCUCUUUCUCUCCAGGGGGAUCUGACUGGAGUCUGAGGACUUGCAGAAGUAGUUCCCUCUUUUGUGGGUAUUGGUUUUUUUUUGUUUUUGUUCUUUUAAGGUUUUAUUUAUUUAUUCAACAGAGCAAGCACAAGUAGGGGGGAGCGGCAGGCUCCCCACUAAGCGGGGAGUGCAAUGCAGGGCUCAAUUCCAUGACCCUGGGAUCAUGACCUGAGCUGAAGGCAGAGGUCUCCAAAUCACCCAACCCUGGAACUGCCUGUCCCCAGAGUGUGUGAUAAUAAAGGCCUUCCUGUUGAAGCCAUUUUUAGUCUCCAUCCACUGUGUGCAGGGGGAGAUGGAGAACAGAACUGGGUUCUAACAGGAUAAAGAGGGAGAAAGGCCUUAGUGGGAGACCUCAACUUCAACAGCAAGAUGGCACACAACAGCUUGCAGUCUAGGCCCAAGGCCUUCUGGGACAGGCUGAAAGUCUCUGGGUUAAAUCUUGUGUCCUGGAUGCCAGAACAAUCUGAUAGGCCCAGAGCUUUGGACAUUGGGUGUUGCAAACUAGUCCUUCCUGGGCAGCAAGGGUUGGGUUCUUUGUUCCUGGGAAUGUCCCACAUUCUCCAGUAGAGUUGAAGGGCCACUGUCUCCUGGGACCUGUCCAUGAGUAAGGCCCCUGAUGUCCAGGUUAUCACUGGACGUAAGAUCUUCAGGGGCCAGGUAGAACCAUAAGUGGGUACAGAAACACUGGUUUUGAGGUGAGGGAGUCAGUGAGACUGGCAAACAGAGGAGAUGCUAUGCUUUAGUCACAUCAUACCCACUCACAAGAAUUGUGUUCAACUCCACGUUCAGUAACAAUCACAUCAAUGGCUUUCAAUCAGCCAUGGUAGAAUUUAUACCACAAAAAAAAUGAACAAACAAUAGUUCUUUGAAAACAAACAAAAAACAACUGGGAAAAAAACACCUGAUAUGGAGUGUUUGCCAAGUUUGUUGACACUGACUUUGGCCAUAGGAGAGACUCAGCUCUGCAGAUCUUAGGAAGUCCCGCAUACUCUCAUCUUGUCCUCUAGCACAAGUCCACUGACCCUUUACAAUGGGCAUAGCCAGCAGUAUGCUGCUCACUGCUGGAGCAAAUAACCUAACCUAAUGGUGGUGUGGAUUCCUGUAGUCUCCCUGCGCUGAUCACUUCAAGGCCAUCAAUGCACAGUCCAGGACUUUUGUAGCUCAGCUAGUAUUCUAGGUCAGUGUGGUAUCCAUGGUCUUCAUCAUCUGCUGUUUUUUAAUGCUACUAAGACAAGGCUGUCCCUGGGUACAGGGAUCAGAGAGGAUGGAAUCAACAUUUGAUUGCCCCCAUUUUCUGGUUUUCCAAGAGUGAGAGAUCCAUGUGCUUAUGUGAAGCCUUUUGAUUUUUAUAAAUGUUGAAAACUUCUAUACAAAAUUUACAGGUAUAUAAGCAACCUAUAUAUAUGGGCUACACAUGUGUUCCUGGUCCAACACUUGAAACGGUCAGAAAAUAAGCAAAUCAGGCUGUCAGGAGCCCAGGGUU